UGAAAUUACUAACAAACAUAACCUAUUAUGUAAAGAAUGUGCGAUAACAAGCUGCUAAAAAUGUUUUCAUAAGAAAAGCUUAUUACUGCUAAACAUCACUGAUAUUUGACACUAUGUCAGAAAAGUUCUUUUGAUAGUGGGUUCAUAGCAUACGGAACAAAAAUGUCAACAAUGAGGCCUAUAGAGAAUUUGACUAACUUAAGAAAAAUCAAAUCUCUUCUGGGAGUGACUGGAGGAGCUGUAGCAAUUUUCACUGGUGUUUCUCUGUAUCAGGGAAAUGAAAAAUUUUAUAGUACUGUGGCUAUGCCUUUAAUUCGCUUGAUUGAUCCAGAAGUAGCCCAUCGAAUAGCUGUCAAAACUGCCGAAUUGGGCUUGGCCCCAUCGCAAUCAACUCCUGAUCCACCUAUCCUUCGUACAAGUCUUUGGAGCUUAGAAUUCGAAAAUCCACUUGGUAUGGCUGCAGGUUUUGACAAGCAUGCUGAAGCUGUUGGAGGACUACACAAAAUGGGCUUUGGUUUUGUUGAAAUCGGUUCGGUGACUCCGGAUCCCCAGCCGGGCAACCCAAAGCCCCGCGUCUUUCGCCUGCCUGAAGACCGGGCCAUAAUCAACCGAUACGGCUUCAACAGCGAAGGCCACGAUGUGGUACACAAGCGGCUGCAAGCUUUGAAGUCUUCGAGCGACUUCCACGGAAUCGUCGGUGUGAAUCUCGGUAAAAACAAACUGGCCUUGGACCCGGUACUGGACUAUGUCGAAGGUAUCCAGAAAUUCUCAGAUGUUGCUGACUACUUUGUCGUCAACGUCUCGAGCCCAAAUACACCGGGUCUAAGGAAUUUACAAGGAAAGAAGGAAUUGGAGGAAUUGCUGGGAAAAGUCAAUGAGGCGAGGGAUAAGGCGAGUAGGCGGCCACCACUACUUUUGAAAAUCGCGCCGGAUUUAGCUGAAGAAGAGUUGAAGGAUGUUGCUGAGGUUAUUACCAAGUCAAAAACGAAGGUGGACGGGAUCGUUGUUUCAAAUACGACUUUGAGAAGGGAAAAUCUUUUUAAUGCUUCAAAGGACGAAGCAGGUGGUCUGAGCGGCGCACCGGUAAGUGAACUGUCGACAAAGAUGAUAGCUCGGAUGUACCAACUAACGGGCGGCCGUGUGCCGAUAGUCGGCGUGGGCGGAAUCUUCGAUGGUACGGACGCUUAUUCAAAAAUCAAGGCUGGCGCUUCGCUCGUUCAGAUCUACACGUCUUUUGCCUAUCACGGGCCGCCAAUAGUCCCCAAGAUCAAGCGUGAACUUGCGGAACUACUUGAAAAAGAUGGACACGAGAAGAUCGAACAGGCGGUUGGCAAAGAGGCCAAGAAGUUGUCCAAGUCGUAGUGAUAGGAAUCAUAUUUCAUAGAAUUAAAAAGUUCAGUUAAAUGAAAAUCGAUUUUUAUGUAGGGUAUAUUACUUGAGCUUUAUUUUUAAAUUACCGAUUACUUUUUUUUACAGUUUGUAUUAAGCUUUUGACACUGUGUACUAUAUAGUUGUGUUAUAAGAUAGUGUACUAGAAUAAUCGACUCACCGUCCUUUUUGAAAUUGUACAAAUGUGUAUAUAGGUAUUUUUCAGUUAAAACGAAUCUUUGUACCAAACAAGUUCUCGAUAAUGCAGAUCUGCUGUUAAAUAAAAGAAAAAUACUAGUUUUCUAUAAAACGAG